AUGUGUAUCUUUGGGCCAUUCGUGAGCACGUACAGCUUCCACCUCACUGAAUUUUUACAUAGUUGCCAAGGGCUCUUGAGUAUUACAAAGAGGGACUUUUGGCAGCUAUUUCGAGCUGCCUGGGAUAGCACUUUAACUAAAACGACUAUUCUGAAGGCCUUUGAGGCCACUGGGCUAGCUCCCUUUAAUCUGGAGAGAAUCCUUACCUGGUUUCAGGCCCGCCAGGAUGAGCAUCCAUCCUCAAGCAGCAGCAGCUCAUCAGUACUCAGUGCGAGUGACUGGCGAAAAAUUGAGACUCUAUUAUGGGAAGUUGUCGAAGAUAUUUACGAUUCAAAGGCUGUAAAGCUCUCUCAUACAAUUCAUACAAUUGCAGCUCAGAAAAUAAUCCUUAAGCAUGAAGUUAAGCAGCUCUGCGAGGCCUUACACAACGAGAAAAAGUGCUAUAAGAGAGGCAAGGCUCUCCUACUUGAGCUGCCGGAGGAUUAUAAUAGUGGAGCUAUUUUCUGGUCCCCAUCCAAGGUGCAGAAAGCUCAUGAUCGCCAGAUAGAAAAAGAUGCUGAGGAGAAAGCUGUACAGCUUCAAAAAGAUGAGGAUAGUAAGUGGAGAGAGGAGCUAAAGCUUCAAAAAGCAGCUCUACUUGAGGAGAGGAGGUGCGAGAGAGCUGCUGCUAAAAUAGAGCAGGCUCAGGCAUGUGAGCAGAAGGCUCUUCAAGCUCAGGAACUUUGGAAGGCUUAG